UGCGCUGCAUUGCAUAUGCGUUGUAGUCUCACAUGCACCAAGAGAUCAUGAGGACGUUGGGGAUGGGGAAGUGGUGGUGCUGCGCCUUUCUGGUCAUCUUGCUCUCCGGCCAGGGCCUCGUACGAGUUGCCGCGUGGGACCUUACGUUGCUGCACACCAACGAUGUCCAUGCACGAGUGGAAGAGACCAGUAGGGACUCCGGGAAAUGUACCAAAAACCCGUGUUUCGGCGGCGUGGCGAGGAGGCACACUAAAGUAACCGAGCUCCGCAAGACCGAGCCAAACGUAUUGCUCUUGGAUGGCGGUGAUCAGUUCCAGGGCACGGUUUGGUUUAACUUCUACAAGGGAGCGGAGGCUGCCUAUUUCAUGAACCAACUUAAAUACGAUGCCAUGGCUUUAGGGAACCAUGAGUUUGACAAUGGAUGGGAGGGCCUAGUCCAGCCUUUUCUCCAGGACGUGGAAUGCCCAGUCCUGAGUGCCAAUAUCAGAGCGGCCGCCUCCAUUGAGCCCAAAGUAGCGGGCCACUAUUUGCCCUACAAGAUUUUUGACAUGGGUCCAGAGAAGGUGGCUGUGGUGGGAUACACGUCCAGAGAAACACCUGCUUUGUCAUUGCCAGGCCCCCACCUCAUAUUUGAAGACGAGAUAGCAGCCCUGCAGACGCAGGUGGACAAGAUCUCCACUCUGGGUGUCAAUAAGAUCAUUGCACUGGGUCACUCCGGGUUUACAGUGGACAAAGAGAUUGCCGAAAAGGUCAAAGGUGUGGAUGUCGUGAUUGGUGGACACACCAACACGUUCCUUUACACAGGAGACGCCCCAUCCUCCGAGGUGCCGGCCGGACCGUAUCCUUACAUGGUCACGUCACAGGAUGGACGGCAGGUGCCGGUGGUUCAGGCGUACGCGUUUGGGAAAUACCUGGGCCAUCUCAAAGUGACCUUCGAUAGCUCUGGAAAUGUUGUCACGGCAACGGGCAAUCCCAUUCUGCUGGACGACCAGGUACCACAAGAUCCUGACAUCCUGGCUGACGUUGAGCAGUGGAAGAUCAACCUGGCCAACUAUUCUGCACAAUAUGUUGGCGAGACGCUUGUUUAUCUGAACGGGACCUCGCAGGAGUGUCGGUUUCAAGAGUGUAACCUUGGAAACCUCAUCUGUGACGCCAUGGUGGAUCAUAACAUCAAGUAUCCAGAUGAACUCCAGUGGAACCACGUCAGUGCCUGCAUGCUGAAUGGUGGGGCAGUGCGGUCGCCAAUUGAUGAGCGUGCUCGAAACGGCUCCAUCACAAUGGAGGAUCUGAUUGCGGUUUUGCCUUUCGGUUCCACAUUUGACCUGGUUCAACUGAAGGGCUCCACCAUCAAAAAGGCCUUCGAGCACGGCGUCAGACGGCAUGGCUCUGCCACGGGAGAAUUCCUACAAGUCUCAGGCUUUCAGUUGGAAAUAGACCUCAGUCAACCCGCCUACAGCCGCGUGAAAUCCAUCAGCAUUCUUUGCACAGACUGCAGAGUCCCGCGCUACGAGCCGCUCGAAGACGACAAGGUUUACAAAGUGGCCAUGCCUUCCUACCUUGUGGACGGAGGCGACGGCUACACGAUGAUCAAGGACGAAAAACUGAAACAUGACAGUGGUGAUUUGGACAUCUCUGUGGUGGAGCGCUACAUCCGAGAGUCAAAGAGGGUCCACCCAGCUGUGGAAGGUCGCAUCAGGAUGAUCACCAGCUCCGUGAAAGGUGCUACUCUGGCUGUCUCACUACUUUUCUGGAGUGUGCUUUUGACGUUGUCAGUGAGCCUUUAGUCGCCUGAAUUUUUAACUUCUCCAAAAGAUGACAAGAUUUCCCCAUUCACGUGUUUUGUCAGACGUUCAGCGGAGUCGGAUGAUGUUUGUCAAUCUUUCAUUUCCGUGUACCAACGUCUGCUCCCCUAUUGGUCUCCAUUUUAGGACUACAGACUGCAAUUACAGACAGUAAUUUAUUUUUCUACAUGAACUCCAUAUGAACCUGACUCUUACCAGCAUUUUUUCCUUUUGCGUGUGACCCUUGGUUGCAUGACAUCCUAACGUUAAUCAUGUUAACGACAACAAAGCAUUUGGCGCAUUUCUUAAUUUUUGGGUGGGCUACAAUUUGGGAGGUUCUCUUGCCCUGUCCUCAACCACUCACAUUGGGAUUUACACUAGCCCAUUUUCUCUCUUUAAUCUCUUUAAGUGGCGUGUAAAUGCCAGUCAAUAGAAUAACAGAGCAGACAAGGGUAACAUUACAUGUAGGCAGGUCUAUAGGUAUUUUACUCCUGAGAAACGACCCAGUGCUUCAUGUUAAGCCCCAUUAGCUUGCUUCACCCGACACCAAAAUGACAUGCAUAUUAAGAAUACAAUAAGCACACUUUUGCUAGUUGCGUGCGGCUCCCUGGGUUGUCUUGUGAGUGCUGCAUAACAACUUUUUUUGUGUGGAACUUUGAUUUUGACAAAGCGUUUCUAUUCACUGUUAUGUGAAUAGCACCCAUGACCAUAGAAACCAGGAGCAAGAAGCAAGAAGAGAAAGCUGAACAUAAUGCACUUAGAAUGCACCUGUGACCUUUUCUUGCAGGUGUUGUUUUUGUGUGUUUUGUUUUGUUUCUGCCUCAGUUCGUAAUACAUUACGCGCGUAUCUACACUCACAUUUACCACAGAGUUAGAUUCACUGGCUCUUGGAGAGAUGUAUCUGUUCCUGGAAUGUUUGCAAUAUUUUAAGAUAUAACAUGAUUUGUAAACAUAAUUUGUAUAUGCAAGAAAAAAAGGUAUAUUUCUGUAUUGCUUAGUGAAUGAUACAGUCGAUAAAGAUGAAAAUGAAUGGCUAUAUUAUAUAUAGCUAUAUAUAUUUUUUAUCCGCUUUUAGGUGGAUAUGUGAUAUUUGAGCGAUUUUGUGUAAAUUAUAUACUACUUGAGUAAGGCCAUUAAGGCAUGGGCACAGAAAGAAUCUGAAAUUUAACAUUCCACUUAACUUCCACAGGAAGCUAGCACUGGCACCUGUUUGACAAAAUAUGAAGAGUUCAGAUGCAAAACCCCCU